AUGAAUGCCGAGGGUUUCGUUAGAUCGUGCCAAAUCGACUACAGAAAGAGGAAGAAAGAAGAUAAGAAGAAGCGCGCGAACACCAGAAAAAUCCUCUACCGCCGCCGGAGCUCUAUGCACUGUCAACCCCUGAUCGGAAGACGCAGCCGGAACGUCGAACCUCGUGUCACAGUCGAAGCUCCGACAAGGAGAAGCAAUUUGAUCCAUAGAGCUAAGAACCUCAUACUUCAAAAUAUCUUGUACUCCUUAAAUUUCACACAACAUAUUAGAGACAUAAAAGAUCCAGAACACCCUUACUCCUUGGAGGAGCUCAAGGUUGUAUCAGAAGAUGCCAUCGAGGUUGAUGACGAGAAGAGUCACGUAAGGGUCACAUUCACUCCAACUGUAGAGCACUGCAGCAUGGCAACUGUGAUUGGCUUGUGCUUGCAGGUCAAACUCAUGCGCUCUUUGCCACCUCGGUACAAGGUGGAUAUUAGAGUUGCACCGGGUACUCAUGCCACCGAAGCUGCAGUAAAUAAACAGCUGAAUGAUAAGGAACGGGUGGCUGCAGCUUUAGAAAAUCCGAACCUGCUCAAUAUGGUUGAUGAGUGUCUUGCCCCAUCUUACGAAUGAAAAAGGACAAGAGUUACUAUGUAUCGUCUGCUAAAGAGUUUGUAUUCUUAUUGGUUGCAGAAGAGUCCGUGUGUGUAUUACUAUUUCGUAAUUGCUGUUGAACUUUGUUAAAUUUUUCUCAUUUUUUUUUAUGAGGAAUGAAAUUUGGAUACUGUGGCCAAUCUGUGAUUAUUUGAGAUAGGAAUGUGCAAAAUCCCCGUAUUGCAGACUGGAGGAUUGUUGGGUGGUGGCAAUUUCCGUAUUUAUUUCCAUGAUUGUUGAUUUUGUUCUCUUGUUUAACAUUUGUGGAAUGGAAUUGUGAUAUUCGUAUCAUUUUGAUUAUUUGUAGUUUUUGAGUAUUUCUUUUGUUGGUUAUGUACUUUGUAACGGCAUAAGUUUUUUCUACGCAUUUUAACUUAUUGUUGAUUUUACUGUUGCGGAAUUUCUUGCUGUAUACUGUAUAAAAUUUAUAAAUGCAAAGUUGAGUUGCUUUAUAUAGCCCUUAUUCUGAAGCAGAUUUGGAGGGUGCUUUCCAAGCCAAACCUGUUGAUGAGUAGGGUGGUUAAGGGUAGAUAUUUUCAUAAUCAGAAUUUUAUGGAGGUUAAGAAGAAGGAUAGUGAUUCUUGGAUGUGGAAAGGAUGGCUUGCUGCUAGGAAAUAUUUUGAGUUGGGGAUGAGAUAUUCUGUAGGUAAUGGUAGGGCUAUUAAUAUAUGGGACUCCCCUUGGAUUCCUAAUGUGCCAAACUUUAAGCCAGGGGUAGGUCAGGUAGUGGAUAGGAAUAGGUUGAGGAAAGUAGCUGAUCUUAUGGUAGAGGGCAAGAGUGAAUGGGAUAGAGAGUUGGUGCUGCAAACAUUCCAUCCUGAGAUAGCUGAGCAGAUCCUCAAAAUCCAUAUUAGCAAAGUAGGGUCUCAGGAUAGAAUGGUGUGGCAUCCUAAUAAAAAAGGCCUGUUCACAGUGAAAUCAGCCUAUCAGUUUAUUCAAAAGCUGAAGAGGAUUGAUUCAGGGCAAGAGGAGAGUAGUGAAGGUGGUCAUAGGUUUAAGCAAAUGUGGACUGUCACCUGGAAAUUGCCUAUUAAGAAUAAAAUUAAAAAUUUUCUGUGGAGAUGUAUUCAUGAUUGCUUAGGUACCAAAGUUAACUUAAUUAAGAGGGGUAUGCAGGUGGAUAGCAUCUGUGGGGGGUGUGGGGAGGAAACUGAGACUUUAGAGCAUAUAAUGUUUUAUUGUACCAGAGCUAAAAAGGUUUGGAAAUUGGCAGGGGUGUGGUGGUCUAGGUUGCAGGAGGAUGGAAUAGUUUUUAAGGAAUGGUGGGCAGAGGUCUGUAAGGUGAUGGCCAAAGGAAAUGGCAAAGACAGGGUUUCAUUGUCAACAUAUUUGAUGUGGUGGCUGUGGAAGACGCGUAACAGCUGGUUAUUUCAAAAGGAGUGGUGUUCUGAAAGGCAGGUGGUAAAGCUAGCUUGUAAUGAGUGGAAUGAAUUUGAAGAAAUCAACACAGGGUUGUGGCCAGCUGCAGGGGAUAUCCAAGGAGUAGGGGAGCAACCUUCAGCUUCCAGUGCUAAUGGAUCAUUAGUGGACAACCCUCAGGUGCAUGGGAUUGCUUGGAUUAACAACUCAGUGGUGCAAAGGUGGUCCUCAACAAAACAAACCUCAAAGGAGUCUGAAGGGGAAACUCUACUACAAUUGAGAGAUUGGCUGCUGGAGGGGAAGAGAGAAGGAUGGCAGAAGGUCCAAAUUAAAGUGGAAGACAAGAAAUUGAGGAGGAAGAUUCUUAAUCAAACUCAAUUUGAUAUAGAGGUUGCAGUGCUUGUUGAAGACAUCUUAGCCUUGUUGCAUUCUUUUGAUUUAUGGGUCUUAAACCCAGAUUAAGUGUAAUGUAUAUCUAAUGUUUAUUUUGCUGUGUAUAUUUAGUUUAUCUUCUUCAUUUUGUUUAGAUGGCCUAAGCAGGUCCUUAGGGAAGCUGUAUGUAGUCUUCUCUGUUAAGGCUCUCGGGUAGGGUUGUUUUAUCCGAGAAACUUUUUUAGUAACCCAUUGGUUACACGGCUGUACGCUUUUG